AAAACCCUAGAUCCGACGGUCCAAAACCCUCUAUAUAAAAACACGGCAUAUAAAAAUAAACCCUAACCCCUUCUCAUUUCUCUUCCUCUUCCAUUACUCUCCGCCUCUCUCAAUACUUUCUGCUUCCACACUCGCACACCACCACACAAUUCCAAAAUGCCGUUCAAGAGAUACGUAGAGAUCGGAAGGGUAGCACUUGUCAACUACGGCAAGGACUAUGGAAAGCUCGUCGUUAUCGUCGAUGUCAUUGACCAGAACCGAGCUCUUGUUGAUGCUCCAGAUAUGGUGAGGAGCCAAAUGAAUUUCAAGAGGCUUCAACUCACUGAUAUCAAGAUUGACAUUAACAGGGUCCCAAAGAAGAAGAAUCUCAUUGAAGCUAUGGAGAAAGCUGAUGUCAAGAACAAGUGGGAGAGUAGCUCAUGGGGAAGAAAGCUGAUUGUCCAGAAGAGAAGGGCAGCUCUCAAUGACUUUGACAGGUUCAAGUUGAUGUUGGCUAAGAUCAAGAGGGGUGGAUUGAUCAGGCAAGAGCUUGCAAAGCUGAAGAAAGAGACUGCAGCCUAAAAAAGUUUUCUUUUUAAGUAGUUCUCAAUUUUGUUAUCAAUAUCCUCAAGUUGUUCUUUUGGGAUUCUAUCUUUUGUUUAUUUUCCUAUUUACUUAGAGAUUGAGAAGAAAUUUAAGGAAAACUUUCAUUAUUUCACA